ACCUCAUACAAAGAUCAACAUUUAUAAACUUAUUUCUAGAAAUAAAGAUUUUUAAAACGAAAAUAUUAAUAUCUAAACAUCUGUACAUACAUAAAAAAAGAGCAAAGCCUUUUGCUUUUUAAAGUAACCUAAAUAAUCAAACGUCUCUUACUAUACAAAAAAGAACUAUAAAAAGUUUAACGGUAGUUUGAACACGUAUUCUUGAUUCCGUCACACAUAGUAACUGCUGCAAUUCAACUUAUGAAGUCAGUUCAUUUUUAACGAAUAUCAGAUAAAGAAUUUCGAUAUUAUACAAAGAGGCGAUAUUAUAAAAAGAUGUUACUCAUAAUAGGUUCAAUGUGCGCGUUUCUUUUUAGUUGGCUAUAUUAUUAUAAAUCUCAAAUAAAUUUAUGCUUUCCAAUAACAAUAUUUUAUUAUUACAUAAUAUAUUCGAUAGUAGGUAUUCAAGAUGUAAUCAACGAUAUAAUGAAUGCCAAAAAUAAUAAAACAGCUUUGUUACCAAUGCCUGAAAAAAUUGCUAUUGUAACGGGUGGUUCUAGAGGAAUUGGUGCUACAAUUACUAAAAUGUUGCUGCAAUGUCACAUGGAAGUAAUAAUUGCUUGUCGAACACCUGCCGCUGGAGAGAAAUUAAUUUCCGAGAUUAGAGAAUCUGGUAUUACUUCGGGAAAAGCAAAAGUUUAUAAACUCGACAAUGCUUCUUUGGAAUCUGUAAAAGAAUUUGCUAAUCAAAUUAAACUUAAUUAUAACAAAAUACACAUUUUAAUAAAUAAUGCUGGUAUAAUGUUUACUCCCUAUGAAGAAACAAAGGAUGGUUUUGAACAGCAAUGGAGUGUAAAUUAUUUGUCACACUUUUAUUUAACAGCAUUGUUAUUACCACUUUUGAAAGCAGGCAGUCAUCCACAAGAAAACAGUAGAGUUAUUAAUGUUUCUUCUUGUGCUCAUCGUAUUGGAUACAUAAAAUUUGACGACAUAAAUUUUAAAAAACAUUUCAACACAUAUGCUAUGUAUGGGCAAAGUAAAUUAGCUCAAGUAAUAUCUACAAAACAUUUACAAAAUCUUUUCAAAGAGAAACAAUUGGGCAUUCAAGUGUAUGCGGUACAUCCAGGAAUUGUUAAUACAGAUUUAUUUCAGCAUUCCUAUAUAUAUAAAAUGAAAUUUUUAAAUAAAUAUAUAGUAAAGAGUCCUGAACAAGGAGCUAUGGCAAUAAUUUAUGCAGCUACUAAUGAUAAAAUUAAAGAACAUGGUGGUAUUUAUAUUAAUAAUUGUAAAGAAACAAAAGUAAAUCCUAUAGCUUUUGAUAAAUCUGUUCAAGAAAAAUUAUUCCAUCUUUCUCUUGAACAAGUACAACUGAAAGAUUUUUUUCAAUACGUAGAUAUUUAAUAUCGAUAUAUUUUUAUAAAAACAUAAUAAAAACUUAUUUAUAAGUUUAUAA